AUGGCGGAGCGUCCCGGCGGCAGGAGACGCUCGCGUCGCGACAGCAUGGACACCGGAAGCUCGAUACGCGGCACUCCGGCGACCUCGAAGGAACGCAGGACCAAACGCUCCAGCAAACCGUCCAAGGAGCGAUGGCUGCUGACGAGGAAGACGUGGCGGUACAUGGCGGACGCCGGCAGACGCCUCAUCCCGGACGGCACGCACAAUCGCUCGGAGGAUAUCCCGAAGAUCGAGCAAUACUUCCAGGAGGUGUGCCAGAAGGAGCCGCGCUUCCUGCUCUGGAGGAAAGCCUCGUAUCCCGGCACCUUGGGCUUCCGGGCUCCGAGACGUCGGCGGCAGAUUAAAGGCGGCAGCUGCCGGACCCAGGCCAGCUCGGCCGAUGAAGCCGACGACGUCAGGAGCUCGCCUCAGAACUUCGUCCUUCGCGCGACCACGUCUGGCAAGUUUGAUCUAGCCAAGGCGAAGAGAGAAUGGCUGCUGACGUCAGGCAGCGGCGGCGGCGGCGGCGGCGGCGGCGGCGACGGCGGCGGCGGCGGCAGCACGCCGUCGAGCCCGGUGAUGCGUCGCAAGACGUCUCAGGAGGACACCGAGGCUAAAGAAUUGGCAGACAUGCUACAAAAGUACCUGAACAUGCAGGCUGACACGGCUCACCCGGCGGCGAGGACGAGCGCCAAGUCGUCGGAGGCAGCCGCCGAGCAGACGGAAGGGAAGGAACCCUUCGAUUAUCGCAGCCUGAUAGAUAAGCUUCAGCAGCACCUGGACCUGAUCGUAGCGCAGACUAGGCGCGAAGAGCCGGCUUCUUCUCGCCAGAGCUCCUCCGCCGUGAAGAACGUCGCUCCGACGUCGUCGUCUGUGUCGUCUUAUCAGGGCGAUUACGUGCACAAGUCGCUGAUGGAGACGUUGGGUCGUUAUUACAGCAAGUCCUCCUCUCGGGAACACGUGAUCUCCGACAUCCUGACCGACCGGAAGCUCUUGGAGAAGCUCUACUUCGACCUGAGAUGCACCAGAGGCUUCAGAGGGCCUCGAGCGACUGGUGCGUACACCACGCCGUCUACUCGAUGGUGGGGUCAUCAGAGAGGCAAGCCGCAGAGAGGCAAAGAGUCCGACAGUUGGUCAGCCGGCAAGAGAGAGCCGAUCUCGCCGCCGCCUCUGAUCGCCGUCCAAGAACCCAGCACCGACCGAGGUUUCUUCGACGAUGGCGUGCAAACCGAGCCGGUGCCGCGAGCCGUUCUCGACGCGAUUCUCCUCGAGAGGGAAAAGGAGGACACGUCGAAGGAGUCGAAGGACUCGCAAAAGCCCAGCGGACGAAGGCGCAGCAGCGUCGACAACGACGACGUGUCGCCGUCCGUCAGCGACACCAUCAAGAGGUACUUGAGAAUGGCGCGGAAGAAGUCGAUGGACGCGGACAAGGUCGACCGGUUCAAGCGGGUCAACUACGACCGGAACCUGCGCAAUAUCAAGGCCAAGGGCGAGAUCACCAAGCCCGGCGACGACGACGGCAACAGCAAGGGUUGCCAGACGGAGGAGAACUGGGCUGUGAAUUAUCGGGAGAUGUCCUCCUCCGCGGACGCGCCGCCGUCCGAGAACCUGUCGGACGCCGACACGACCACGUCAGCCGCGAGCCGAAACGCCAGCUCCCGGAGCAGCAUCGACGCCGGCCUCGGCUCCGAGGAGCCGUCCACCCCGAAGCAACCCCAUCACCAUCAGUCCUUCCUGUCCCACUUCCUGCACGGUUCCAACGCGCAUAAGGAUAAGCCGCACUCCGCGCCCGGUUCGCCGGCACUCACGUCUGCCUCCACCAAUUCCGCAGGUGGCACCGCGAUGCAGAAGAGCAAGUCCUCGAGCAGCGUGGUCCAUCACGGCAGCCGGCUGGUGGCGAAGAAGAUCUGGCGCUCCAGGAGCAAGAGCACGUCCAGGGCGUCGCAUCAGCCGUCCGUGUGGACUCCUCAGGGAAAAUGCACCUGGGCAGGCACGACGAAUCGGCGCGUGACCCUGCAGGACACGCAGCUGCGGACGCUGUCCGAGAUCGAGAGGAAGGUCCUCUGCAAGGUGGCGGUUGCGAAGCUUCAAGCUCUCAACCUGGGUGUGCACAUCAGGCCGCCGAGCGAAUCGGUCGGCAGCGGGUCGGCGACCACGAAGCCGAAGAGACGGGCGUAUCUGCUGAAGAGGAAAGCACUCACAACCGGCUUCUUCGACAAUAAAGGGAAGGACGAGAAGGAAAAGGACGUAGCCGGCGGCCUGGUGUUCGGCAUACCGCUGUCGCAGUGCAUAGAAAACGACAGGAUCGCCCGAAUAGCCGCUGGGGAGGUGACCGAUGUCGGUUCCCUGAGCAGAAGCAGCAGGCACGGCAGCAGGGCCAGUUUCUCCAGCCUCAUCGAAACCCCGACGACCAUCGCGGCGAAAACCGAGGAGGGAGGUUCCUGCGAGUCUCUGUCGUCGAAGGGUGGUGCUCUCACAGGAAGCGAUUCCGGAGUGCUCGAGUUGAGCGACAGCGGCGGAGGUGUCCUUAGCAGCGAAUGGGACGCGGUGCCGGGCAUCGUGAGGCAAUGCAUCAGGCACCUCGAGGCCACCGGUCUUCGAACGCUGGGUGUAUUUCGCGUGUCACCCUCGAAAAAGAGGGUGAGACAGUUAAGGGAAGACUUUGAUUGCGGUCGGGAGACCAAAAUCGGUCCCGACCAGUGUCCUCACGACGUGGCCACUCUCCUGAAGGAAUAUUUCCGCGAUCUACCGGAUCCUUUGCUUUGCAGGGAUCUGUAUCAGGCCUUCGUGCACACUCAAAAGAUCAGGAACAGACGGCUGCAGCAGGAAGCUCUUCAGCAUCUCAUUCAACUUCUACCCACGCCCAAUCGCGAGACUCUCUGGGCGCUCUUGAACUUUCUGAGCUUGGUCGCGGCGAACAGCGAGGACCAGAAGGACGAGACCGGCGAGUGGGUCCCGGGAAAUAAAAUGGAUACGACGAAUCUUGCGACCGUGUUCGCGCCGAAUAUCCUGCACUGCGUGAAGCCCGGUCAGGUGAGGUCGGAAGUUUCGGCGGAGCGGGCCGAGGAGAGGAUAGACGUGAUAAACGUGAUGCGAGCGCUGCUCGAACACACGUCGACGCUGUUCACGGUGCCGGCUGCGCUGUUGGAUGAAGUGUACCUGCAUAUGAUGGACACCCAUCCGGCCGAGCUGGAUCUGGUUCUGUCUCGUCGCGUCGAAGAGCAAUGCGGGGAUGAAGCGGAUCCCUGCAGCGAGGCGGAGACCUUCUCGGUGGAGGAGACGCUGACUACGUCGACUACAACCACCGCGGCAACGACGACGUCGACGAGGAAGAUGUGGACGAGAGAGCAGUGUCUCCACCAAACCGCCGGGGUCGGCGGUGAUAUCGGACCAAGGCCACGACGGCCCAAGAGACCAGGAAGUCGGAGGAAAGAGGAGGGUAGGAGCAACAGUGUCGAUAGCGGAUCGAGCGAGGAUCCGGCCGAUCCUCGCAGGAGAUCUUCGCCAAUAGUGAUUACCGCCAGUCUCACCAUACCCAUGUCCGACGCGUUCACCUUGAACCUCGACGACCCGGACAUUCCUUACAUCGAAGAGGCGCCGAAGCAACCGAGCGCUCCCCCGAGGCGGCAGAGGCAGAGGUCCAUUUCCGGUUGCAGCGAAGGCGGCAGACACGGAAGUGACAGCGCCGUGGGCUCCUCGGCGACCCUGUCGGGCGACCAGGCGCCGAGCUCACCUCCCUCCUGGGCGUCGUCACCCCCCGCGAGCCCCGACAGCGCGGUCACCGCCGUUUCGUACAUCCCGCAGGAUCAGCAGGCGGUUCUCCAGAGAGUCUCGUUCACGACCUCGGGCGACCUGCGGCAAGUGAGCAGAUCGACCAGCCAGGAAGUGAGCAGGAGUACAGCGGCUCCGUACACACCGAGCAUCACUAGCAUCGGCGGUGCGGUUUUGAGGUCCAAGACCGAGGAUAUCGAGAGAAUGCUGCAGAUCGCGCGGCCGGAUAUCGAUCCUGCGACCUUGCAGCCGGGCAAGAACUCGACGGUGACCUCGAGCGAGAGCAAGAAGUACACGAAGCGGCGGUACACGGACUCGAGGCAUCAGACGCGCCACAUACCGGACGCCAACACCCUGGCCGGCAAGACUCCGUUGAGCGGGUCGUCCGCGUCGUCGAUGACGAUGUCGUCCACCUCCUCGUCGACGAUGACGGCCGCGUCGAGCCAGCGAGUGCCGGCGCAGUCAGUGUGGAAGAGGCGGGAAUUGAUCUCCAGUGCUCCGAAGGACAGGGAGGGAUACUUCUGAGCCGUCGCUCGCGCGCGCGCGCGCGACCAUCGCGAAUCGAGAGUCGAAAUCGCGCUGGCCGCUGCGAAUCCCCGGCGAUGGGAUUCCCCAUCGCACGGACUCCAGCGGACGUUCGACUGCAGACUCGAUGGCCGCUGUCAGAGAGAAGCACGAUCACACCGCUCGAUUGCCAGGUGUACGUGUCAUGUAAAGCCCGGGCCAACCGAGCCCGGCACACCUGGUCGACCUGGAAAUCGAUGUGACUCGGGCUCCCCCGGGAGUCCGGAAAAUUCGUGGGAGGACGCGAGCGAAUUUCUCCGUCAUUCGUCGUCGCUACGCGUCGUCGCUCCGGCUCGCCGUAGCGACGACGCUUUUUCAAAACGCGAACAUCGCGUGUGUCUGUCGAGGAAAAACUCUGGAAAGUUUCCUCCCCUUCCCUCAACCUCUCUCUCUCUCUCUCUCUCUCUCU